AUGAUGGCGAUUCGCGAGAAAGCGCGAGCGCUCUUCAAAAGCAAAUCCAAAAGUGAUCGCGACUCACAAAUCUCCAAAUCCUCGACCAAAGACUCGGAUCGAGAACGCUGGCCCAGCAAUGUCUACAAGCCGGGCGAACCCAUGCCUCGACCCAAAUACCGCGCUAUUCCGAAGAAGGAGCACAAGGAGAAGCUAGAAGCGUUCAGUUUCGCGGAUGCUUGGAGGAGGAAGAGUUUCCAAAGCCAACAUAGUCCGAUGGGAACCCGAGCGCCCAGCAGGAGGAAUAGUUCCAGACGGCAUAGUUGGUAUGGAAUGGGCAAGAAGAGUUUCGGUGGGAUGAGCGAGCAUGGAAGAGCAAGUCGAGCGAACAGCGUCUCGAGUAAUGCGGAGACGGAGAAGGGCAGCACGCGGCAGAGGGAACAUGUGGGACAUGCAGCUGUGGCGACGAGGCUGUCGACUGAGAUUGAGCAGGAAGGCGAUGACGAUGUCGGGAAUGUGGGCAUCUCGAGAGUUCAAUCAAGAGAUCAAAGCCACAAAGGCCGGCCGAAGAACCUCGAACUUCCCAAUGCACAGCAGGCCGGGAGCAUUGAGAAGGCUCUCGAAACGGCGCACGAUCAUCAGCCGUUCACCGAGCAUGAUCUUGCCUUGGCGCUGUCUCGAUCGCAUCUGGCUGUCCCGGCAACUUCAUGA